AUGGCCACAUGGGUGAACGGCUCUGCCUCGGGUUUCACCCCCAAGGAUCCCUGCGAUGCAGAGAGCGAAGUCUUCAGAUACAACGAUGGACAUCGCCUGUUAGUAUCACAGGACAGGGACGAGAUAUAUCUCACAUUCGCAAAGCCCGGUACGGGAUAUGCAGAGUACCUGAAGACCGGAGUGGAUAGUCUGCAUCAACAUUUCAAAACGAUGCUAUCCAAUUCUGUCAGCACCCAAAUACCAGAUGGGCAGAUUACAAGAAGCUUGUUUCAUACAAGCCUGGAUCUGCACACUAAAAAUGCAGACAUACGGCCUACAUCGCCAGAGAUAAAUGCCUGGGUAUUUGUUAUCUUGAAUUCUGGAGCUCGUUGA